AUGCUCGUCCUGCUCGUCGCCGCCGCGGCCCAGCAGCGCGUCUUGCCAUUCACGAUCCUGCUCAACGCGUCGCUGGCUCCGCUGGGCGUGAGACGCGUCUCGAAGCUGGUCAGGACUGGCUUUCUGGACGGGCAGAUUCUGUACCGGGUGAUCCCGGGCUUCCUCGUGCAGUUUGGCGUGGCUGCCGACCCAACGGUACACGCUCGCUGGCAGAGAGGAGAGAAGCGGCGGCUGAAGGACGAGCCGAACAGGAUGCCGUUCCGGCACGGCACCCUCUCGUUUGCCGGCGCGGGCACCGACUCGCGCACCUCUCACCUGUUUGUGGCGCUCGCUCCGAAUGGCGUGCGGCUCGGCCGUGGCACGCCGCACGAGGCGACUCUCGGACACGUCGUCUCCGGCAUGGAGACCUGGGAGCGCGUCGUCGCCAACUACCAAAAGAGCGGCUACAAGGACACCGGGACGCUGCAGGGCCCGCUGGUGCAGCGCGGCAACGCCGCUGCUGCAGCCUACCCGCUCUUGGACCGGAUCCGCGCCUGCCAUAUGGAGUGCCAGUGA